AUUGACUAUAGCUAGCACACUGGCACUCACACAACAGAACGAUGGAGAGAGACAGCAGAAACGAGAAGUUAUUCUCCAGAAAGAGAAGUUUCACUUUUGGGGCAUAUGGAGGUGUGGACAAGUUCAUAUCUGAAAAUGAGAUUAGCAGACCGGAACCUUUAGAACACAGCAUUCUGGAUAUUUUGGACUCCCCUACCAGCGAGACCAAACCGUUCCUCUCUGUUGGCAGCAACCAGAAGGUGACAGAGCUGUUUGAGAUCAUUGAGAAGUUGCAGGGCAGCAGGCUCGAUGAACAGCGUUGUGAAUUCCCUCUGCCUUUGAGGUCUCAGCUUUUGAAGAUAGGUCGUGAUCUUCCUCUGAUCCUGCCUCCAAAGCUGGGUGGUUACUGGAUAGACCCCCCGCUACAGAAGUUUGCUGAGACCAGUCCGACAUCCUCUCAUUACGGACUAGACCCAGAGACCUAUGACAUCAUGGAGAGAGACAGCGAGGCCACAUACUACCAGGAGUUCUUCCGCUCACGAUAUCAUCACUCGUUCACAGCAGUGGACCCCUCCCUGGGACCCCUCCUUCUCUCUGUCUGUUUGGAGGAAGAAGAGAAGAGGCUGAGAGUAAUACUGAGAAUGAGGGAAUGCUCUAUGCAUGGGGUUUUCUCUGUGUCUCUGUUCCCAAACAUCCCAUCUGCUGUGGAGCUGGCCAAGAUGCUAUGCGACAGUGUGACUGUGCCCAGAUUUGAUGUGGUCAGUUACCUCAAGGCACCAGAUCUUAUAACAGCAUUUGAUGAACACAGAGUGUCUCCGAACUUCAAGUUUGGUGUCUUGUAUCAGAGAGAGGGACAGUUGACAGAGGAGGACAUACUCUGUAACAAUGAGGAAAGUGAAGAGUUUCAAGAAUUCCUCUCUAUUUUGGGAGAUACAGUCACACUUCAAGGGUUCACUGGGUUCCGAGGAGGUUUGGACGUGUGUCACGGCCAGACAGGAAGUGAUGCGGUCUUCACUUCCUUCCACGGCAGAGAGAUCAUGUUCCAUGUGUCCACCAAACUGCCCUUCACAGAGGGCGAUACACAACAGCUACAGAGGAAGAGACACAUCGGCAACGACAUCGUUGCUGUUGUUUACCAGGAGGGCCAAACCCCUUUUCUGUCUGAUGUCAUCGGUUCGCACUUCCUGCACUGUUUCCUAGUGGUCAGGAGGGUGAGGAAGGGAGUGGGGGGCGAGGGGGAGGAGGCAGGAGGAGGAGGGGUCUUCCAGGUGUCAGUCGCAGCCAGAGAGGAUGUACCUCCCUUUGGUCCCUCCCUCCCUGAUCCUCCCAUAUUCACAGAGAGCUCCCUGUUGAGAGAGUUCCUCCUGACCAAGCUUAUCAAUGCAGAGAUCUCCUGUUAUAAGGCUGAGAGGUUCAGCAGACUUGAGCUGCGCACUCGUUCGUCCCUCCUGGAGGGUCUGCAGGCGGAACUGUCCACCCGCUCCCAGUGCAUGAUGGGAGAUUCGCCUGUGUCCGCCCUCUCGACUUCUGAGGGGAUGAAGGGUGUAACUGAGGGGAGUGGAGGGUUCAUCGAAAACUUUAAGAGAGCCAUAAGGGUGCGCAGUAAUUCUUUUGACACUCUUGGGGGGCCUAGAAAGACCGGCGGGGUGUCGAUCCCACAGAAGCCCAAGGCUGCUACAGAGAGAGAUGGAGAGAGUGAGUUGGUCUACAAGCUCCCUGAACCCAGCUUUCCGCCCACAGACAACCUGGGCUCCACAGAGGUCAAAGAUCACUCCAGUCCCCAGGAGAAUACGUAGACAGACAGAAUUAUGUGUAUAUUUUAAUAAUAACCGAGUGGAUGCUUUGCAUUCGGAAAGUAUUCAGGC